AUGGACAGUGGGAUCCAGCAUACCCUCAGCAAGUUUGCAGACAACACCAAGCUGAGUGAUGCGGGUGGCAUGUCUGAGGGAUGGGAUGCCAUCCAGAGGGACCUGGACAAGCUUGAGAAGGGGGCCUGUGUGAACCGCAGGAGUUUCAACAAGACCAAAGGCAGAGUCCUGCACCUGGUUCACAACAGCACUUCUGGGGAAGCCCAUGUUAGAAACCGAAGAGGAAUUCUUGAAUUAGCCGGAGCCAUUAGAUGUACUACGGGACGAUCUCCUUUUGCCUACCUACGUUACGGAUGCUACUGUGGUCUGGGAGGAAGAGGAUGGCCUAAGGACAGAGUAGACUGGUGCUGCUUUAACCAUGACUGCUGCUACGGUAAGGCGGAACAAGCAGGUUGUCACCCCAAGAUAGAAAGUUACCACUGGGAAUGUGAGGACAACACUGCUGUCUGUGAAUCACUGGAAGACAAAUGUCAAAAAAUGGCAUGUGAAUGUGACAGUGAAGCUGCCAAAUGUUUUUCUAAAGCUCCCUAUCACACAAAAUACCUUCUGUGGCCAGACUUAAUGUGUGGUGACAUUCAGCCUUUGUGCAGGUAUUAG